AUGAAGCCCUCCUCCUCGGGGCUGCCCAUUAUCCGCAUUGCGAAGGGCACUUUCUACCGUCGCCACCCAAACGCGCUAUCGGAGCACCCCAACCCGUCACUCUUUGGUGACAUCACCUUUGAGCUGCCCUCGAGCACCGCCAAGCCGCAGCACUGGUGCAUCGUCGGCUCUUCCCUCUCCGGCAAGACGACGCUGCUGCAGGCCCUCCGCGGACGCUUCAUAUGCGACCCGCCGACUGCGCGGUCCUACCCGUACCUGGCCUCGGACGCCGUCUCGACGCGUCUCAGGAGCCCCGUCCGGGCCAUCCAGUACGUUGGCUUCGAUGCCGAUCAGGCAGGCCUCGCCGGGUCCUCGUCCGUCACCACCUCUGCGUUCCUCUCUGCCCGGUAUGAGUCGCAUCGUGAAAUUACCGACUUUUCGCUGCGUGACUUUUUGCUCGGCAACACGGAGCUCAACCCGCUAGAGACGUCGCUGGAUGGCCAGGACGGGACCAUCUCCCCGGCGCUGCUGGAUCGCGUGGUCACGGAUCUGAAGCUGCAUCACCUGCUAGAUCUUCCGGUGACGUUUCUCAGCAACGGACAAGGGAGACGCGCACGUAUUGCGAGGGCUCUGCUCACGCAGCCGGAGGUGCUGUUGCUCGACGAGCCAUUCAUGGGCCUUGAUCCGCCGACAGUGUCGGGUCUGAGCCCGCUGCUGCAAUCCCUCUCUGAAAAGGCAAGCCCGCGAUUGAUACUCAGUGCCAGGCCGCAGGACCCCUUGCCCGAGUGGGUGACUCACCUGAUCUACCUACGCAGCGACUGCCAGAUUGGAUCCAUGGGCCCAAAAGAUGUCGUGCUUGAUGGGCUGCGGAAAUAUGUCCAGGGUGUGCAGACCGGCACGUUGGCCGAAGACAAGAAGAUGCCACUGCAUACCUUGGCCGAGGUUGGCAAAGUCCUUUCGUCCACUGGCCCCUCCUCCACAGCGAACAGCAAGGAUGCUACGAUACAGCCGUCGACCUCUACAACAGAGCCUCUCGUGGAAAUGGAUGGCUGCAAAAUCAGUUACAAGGACAAGGUCGUGCUGGGAAACUGGUCGCAGCAGAUUAAUGGUCAAGAAAAGCCGGGCCUCAUCUGGACUGUCCGCCGCGGUGAGCGCUGGGGUGUUUUUGGCCCCAACGGCUCUGGCAAGACUACCAUUGUGUCCAUGCUCAGCUCCGAUCACCCCCAGUCAUACUCACAACCGGUCAAGCUCUUUGGGAGAUCGCGCAUCCCCGAGCCCGGCGCCGGACAGAGACCGCUCACCUUUUGGGACAUUCAGGCACGCGUUGGACACUCGAGCCCCGAGGUGCAUCAGCACAUGCCUCGUGGGCACUCCAUCCGGGCGAUUGUCGAGAAUGCAUGGGCGCUGACCUUUGGCACAAAAGCUAAGCUGGAUGAGACCUCUAAAAAGAAAGUUGAUGCUGCGCUGCGCUGGUUUGCGCCCGAGCUGCGGCCUGUCAGCAGUGCCAGCAGCACGGCUGACCAAGUCGACGACUUGAGAUGGGCAGAUGAUUACAUGUUUGGUGAAACGUCAUUUAGCGCGCAAAGAGUGGCACUCUUUAUCCGGUCCAUGAUCAAGGGCACAGACAUUGUCGUCCUGGAUGAGGCGUUUAGCGGCAUGGACGAUGCCGUCCGCGACAAGUGCAGCUUAUUUCUCACUGCGGGUGAGAGCAAGACCAUCGUCGACAGAGGAAUUGUUGAUAGCGAGCUCGCAAAGGCUGGCAACGUCGUCGUGAGCGGUUUGACGGACCAGCAGGCGCUCAUCUGCAUUGCGCACAUCAAAGAAGAAGUGCCCGACUGCGUGCGCGAAUGGAUCUGCCUGCCCGAGGCCAACACCGGCCUUCCGGCGCGAUUCGGUCGGCUUGAUGGCCCCCUGAGAAACAACGACGGCCGAUGGCAGUCGAUUUGGGGCUUCGCUUCUGAAUAG